CCCUUUUUUUCGAAACCCAUCGGCAAGGCCGUGCUCGCAGUUUCUCUCCUUAUCUUAACAAUGUUCAUACUCAUCGCUCUCUUCUGGUGCUAUCGGUCCCGCUCCAAACGCAAGGACAAAAAUCACAAAACUCGCGGAAUACCCGCUUCAAUGUCCAAAUCUCGCGUUACGCCUGCUCCAUCUCAACCAUCAAUCCUAACCGAGAGUAAAGCACCAGAGCCAUUCCUCGAACCUGAAAUGAUGACACCGAUAUCACCAUCAUCCGGAAACCAAUUUGACAAUGCGAGUACCGCAUCAGCGGCUCAAUCCAGUAGGCAGCCAAAGAGGUCUUACACGAUUUAUGGAACUCAAGGGGCUUCGACUUCGAAUGUUGAGUUGAGUGGCACAUCGAAUACAUAUUAUCCGAUUGUCCAGCAGCAUCAUUUUAUGAGUUCUGAGCACGAACCAUGGGAAUGA